AUGGAUCAAAUGAAACGAAAAUUAUCUUUAAAUCAAUCAUCAAAAGAAGAAAUCAAGAAAUUACGCAAUGAAUUCAAUCGAUCAAUAACUUGUAUUGAAAAUUUAUCUAUGGAAUUUUUCUAUGAAAUAUUUGAUUAUCUUGAUGGUUAUGUAAUAUAUAAAGCAUUUUCAAACCUUAAUCAUCGUUUUCAACAACUUCUCAAUUCUCCAUCUCUAUUGUUUAAAAUUAAAAUUCAUCAUUUAAAAUAUAAGGAAGGACAUAGAAAUAAUUAUAAAAAAUUUCUUCGUAUGAAUAUGCAUAAAAUAGUCUCCAUGAGAGUAUAUUUAUCCAUACAAAGCGAUACUUUUUUCUUGUGGUUUACCAUUCAAUCUUCACUGACCGCUCUCGAAUCGCUUCGUAUUUAUGAUAUUGAACCAAUUAGACUUAUUUCACUUCUUAUUAAUUUAGCUAGUCUACCUCGUCUUUUCUCUUUAAGUAUCAAAACAUCUAAUACUUAUGAAAAUCUAAAUGAUAUUUAUCGACUAAUAUUCACCUUGCCGACAUUAAAAUGGUGCAGAUUCAUCUUUGAUCGAAAGAAUAGUUCAUUUUCACUACCGAUGGCUAUCAAUAAACAACAGAGUACUAUUGAAUAUCUUUCUAUUCAUCAUCAUUGUACUCUCAACGAACUUUAUACUAUAAUUUCUUAUACACCUCAACUUCGUCGUCUUAAACUAUGCCAUAAACUUGAAAUUGAUUCAAACAUUCGAACUAUAUCACCAAUAAUAUUAGCAAAUUUAACAAAUGUUUCGAUAUAUAUGCAUCAUGUAAAAUUUGAUGAAUUUGAAAUAUUCAUUAGAAAAAUAUGUUCGACAUUAAAAAUUUUACAUAUUAAUAUUUAUUCUCAAGAUAUAGCUUUUCUUGAUGCUUAUCAAUGGGAAAAAUUAAUUUUGAAAUCUUUACCUCAAUUAGAAAAAUUUUAUUUACGAUAUUAUGAACGAGCUGAUCGUGUAUAUAAAUAUCCUAUAUAUAAUGGAGAACCAAAUCAAUUUAUUUCAUCCUUUUGGAUUGAACGACAAUGGGUAUUCGAAGCUGAAAUCAAUAGUGAAUCUAUCAUUUAUUUAGUUCAUCCAUACAGAAAAAGAUGGUAUGAAAAUACACAAGAUAAGAUUUGUAAUUCUUCACGAGAUUUUUCCAAAUCUAUUCGACUUACCCUGAAAAAUGUUGAUUCUGAUGAUAUUGAAGAAUUACUGACAAUAGCUACUAGACGUGUUUUAACUGUCGCACAAGUGUACGAUUUGGAAAUUCCAAAAGAAAAAAUUUUCAUUGGUACAUUAAUUGAAAUUGUAAAUUUAUUACCAGAAAUCAAUACAUUAAAAAUUCAUUCGUUAUCAUUAUAUGAACCAAGAAUGUUAAAUUCUGAAGAACGUUGUACUUUUUCUUCAAUAAAAGAUACAAGUAAAAUUACAAAUGUAUAUCUUGAGAAGAUGAAUGAAAUUGAAGAAUUUUCUUUUCUUUCGGAAUUAUGUCCUUAUAUGGAAUCUUUCAAAGUAGAUUAUAUCAAACAUAUAGAUUUCAAAUUUGUUCUACGAUAUAUAUUCAAAAAAAUUAAAGAAGAUUGUAAUGAUUGUCUUUGUGUAUUAUGUUUUCGUAUUCCAACAGUCGAUGAUGAAAUGAUUCGAAAAUUAAAAAGAAUGAUCAAUUUUGAAAAAAUUUUAUUUAAUUAUACAAUUAAACGUGUAACAGAUUAUAUCUAUAUAGAAUGGGAAGAAUUUUAA